CUCAAUCUAACCCUAACUCAUCACACAACAUCAUAUUCUACUUUGUUUUUCCUCCCAGGAACUUCAAUUUUUACACCCUCCAAUUCACCUCCCAUGCGAAUUUCAAUCUCAUAUCUUCUCUUCCUUCCUUUCAUCACUAGCUGUUAGUACUCUGCUUGCAAAGUCUCACUGCAGCUCCAAUUACACAUAUAUAGUGUCUCAUCUAUUGGAAUUCGGCAAUUGAAUAUAUAUAAUUCACUUUGUCUACUUGUUGUAUAUUGCAAAGGAAAGAGAGAGCGAAUCAGGUUGAGAUAUUCAUAGAUAGAAAUAGAGAAGAAGAAAUGGAUCCUAUUACAGCACACGGUCAUUCUCUUCCCCCUCCUUUCCACGCAGGAAGAGAUCUCCACCUCCACCAGCAACAACACCAGUUCCACUCCUUACAAGAAGACGAGCAGAGCGGAAGCAGCGGAGGCCUAAACCUCGCACACAAAAGGGAACACGAAGAAAACAACAACAACAACAGCAGCGAUGGCAAAGAAGGUGGAGGUGCUGGCUCCGGCGAAACCGAAAUUUCAAGAAGACCUCGCGGAAGACCCGCCGGAUCCAAGAACAAGCCCAAACCCCCCAUCAUCAUCACGCGCGACAGCGCCAACGCCCUCAAAACCCACGUCAUGGAAGUCGCCGACGGCUGCGACAUCGUCGAUAGCGUCUCCGCCUUCGCCCGCCGCCGCCAGAGAGGGGUUUGCAUCAUGAGCGGCACCGGAACGGUCACCAACGUCACCCUGAGGCAACCGGCUUCUUCCGGCGCCGUCGUCACUCUCCACGGAAGGUUCGAGAUCUUGUCCCUCGCCGGGUCCUUCCUGCCCCCUCCUGCGCCGCCUGCAGCCUCCGGUUUGACCAUAUACCUCGCCGGAGGACAAGGCCAAGUCGUCGGAGGAAGCGUGGUUGGCGCACUAAUCGCUUCGGGGCCCGUGGUUAUCAUGUCAGCUUCGUUUAGCAACGCUGCGUAUGAGAGGCUUCCUUUGGAAGAUGAAGACCCUUCGAUGGCGCUUCAGGGAGGUGGUUCGAUUGGGUCACCGGGAGGUGGCGGUGGAGGUGGCGGUGGCGUUGGUCAACAGCAGCCAUCUCAGCAGCUUAUGGGGGAUUCCACUGCGCCUCUUUUCCAUGGUUUGAAUCCCAAUCUUCUGAAUUCGGUUCAGAUGCCGUCCGAGACUUUCUGGGCAACGGGUCGCUCUCCAUACUGAUGUAAAAGUAACACUGUGACUGUGGAUCAUUUCAUUGGUGUUGGUAUUCGUUGCAUUCCUUGUUCUCGUUCUUUUUUGUUCGUUGCUAUUCGUGGGCGUCAUCUAUCAGGUUUAGAAACCGAAGAACAGCGUUUUGGGUUGCUCAUAUUUCUGAAUUGAAAGGUAACUACGUCUUUUUUGUUGUUUCAGUUUGAGGUUAUGGUUUAGCGACCCUAACAGGUAGAUGUAUUAAUACAUAUGCCCGCAUUGUGUGAUGGAUAUUUAGUGAAUAGUAAUAGUGGUUUCUUGACGAAUUGCACUUGAUAAA